AUGGAAAACGGUACAAAAAUAGCUAAUUCAGCGAAGGUGUCACCGACGCAGACCCUUGGUGAAAAUGUAGGGAAAACCGCAGAAACACCGGGGGUAACAACCGUAGUAAAUAGUGCCCCACAAGUCCCUACUGGCGCAGAUGAUCCGUCAUUGGGCGAUGGAACCGGAGCCAACAAUCAGCCGAAACGUCCCCUGAGGCGACCGGGCAAAGUCAUCCCUGAUCGUCCGCAGCGUGUAUUUUACUGUCUUACUUUGAAGAACCCUCUGCGAAAGCUGUGUAUCAAAGUGGUGGAAUGGAAACCUUUCGAGUAUCUUAUACUGUUAACGAUUUUUGCAAAUUGUGUUGCAUUAGCUACAUACACGCCCUUUCCUAAUGGCGACUCUAAUGCAACAAACGCGAUGUUGGAAAAAGUGGAACACAUCUUUCUUAUCAUUUUUACACUCGAAUGCGUGAUGAAGUUGAUCGCGUAUGGAUUUGUCAUGCACCCUGGAGCGUAUCUUCGAAGUCGAUGGAAUAUGUUGGAUUUCACUAUUGUUUUAAUCGGGAUGAUAAGCACCACGCUAUCCAGUAUUAUGAAGGACGGUUUCGAUGUCAAAGCACUAAGAGCAUUCCGUGUGCUGCGUCCACUGCGAUUAGUUUCCGGAGUACCAAGUUUGCAGGUGGUACUUAAUUCCAUUCUACGAGCAAUGGUACCGUUAUUACACAUUGCUUUGUUAGUGUUGUUUGUAAUAAUCAUUUAUGCAAUCGUGGGGUUAGAGUUAUUUUCUGGCAAAAUGCAUAAAACAUGCUUCCACAACAUUACAGAGGACAUGAUGGAAGAUCCAACACCAUGUGGCGAAGGCGGUUUUCAAUGUAACUCCAUAGGCAUACACUGGAUUUGUCGCUACUAUUGGGAAGGACCUAAUGCCGGAAUUACGAAUUUUGAUAACUUUGGAUUAUCGAUGCUAACGGUAUUUCAGUGUAUCACAUUAGAGGGAUGGACAGAUAUGCUGUACUAUAUUGAAGAUGCGAUGGGUAGCAAUUGGCAAUGGAUAUACUUUGUCUCAAUGGUUAUACUAGGAGCAUUCUUCGUAAUGAACCUAAUUCUCGGUGUCCUGAGUGGUGAGUUUUCCAAAGAACGCACAAAAGCAAAAAGUCGGGGUGAUUUUCAGAAACUUCGCGAAAAGCAACGAAUCGAAGAAGAUCUGAAAGGAUACCUGGACUGGAUUACACAGGCCGAGGAUAUCGAUACGUACCAGGAACCACCAUCGCCUGGAAAGAUUAUGUCUGAAGGAUUUUUGAAGGGAACCAAAGCAAUGCUCGUAGGGUCUGGAGCCUCUGGUAUAGCCGGGGUAUCGCCCGAUUCAACAGAAGUGCACAGUUGCGCUGAAGCCAGCUUGGACUAUGCACAGCCAGUUCCGGAAUCGUGGUACAAUCGACAUUUUAGAGCUUGGGAUCGCUUAAACCGUAAGAUGCGACGAUCAUGCCGAAAGGCAGUAAAAUCGCAAGCAUUUUACUGGCUAAUCAUUAUACUUGUGUUUUUGAACACGGGUGUACUUGCAACUGAGCACUACCAUCAACCGCAAUGGCUGGAUGACUUCCAAGAGUACACCAAUAUGUUUUUCGUGGCACUAUUUUCAUUGGAAAUGUUUCUCAAGAUGUACAGUUUAGGACUGCAGGGCUAUUAUGUCUCGUUAUUCAAUCGUUUUGAUUGCUUCGUCGUAAUUGGUAGUGUUAUUGAAGUCCUGUUAACCAAUACGCAAUUAAUGCCUCCGCUAGGCAUAUCUGUCCUACGAUGUGUGCGAUUGUUACGUGUCUUCAAAGUGACCAAAUACUGGCAAUCAUUAUCGAAUCUGGUUGCGUCGUUGCUUAAUUCAAUACAAUCAAUAGCAUCACUAUUGCUGUUACUGUUUCUAUUCAUAGUAAUAUUUGCCCUUCUGGGAAUGCAAGUAUUUGGAGGACGGUUCAUCUUCAACUCUACAGAUAACAAGCCUCGUUCAAAUUUCGACAGCUUUGUACAAAGUCUUUUGACCGUGUUUCAGAUCCUUACUGGAGAAGACUGGAAUGCUGUUAUGUACGAUGGCAUCCAAGCAUAUGGAGGUGUGGCAUCUUUUGGAAUCUUGGCUAGCAUCUAUUUCAUCAUUCUCUUUAUCUGCGGAAACUAUAUAUUAUUAAAUGUUUUCCUUGCCAUCGCCGUGGACAAUCUUGCCGAUGCCGAAUCAUUGACUGCAGUUGAAAAAGAAGAUGAUCCCGAUACAGAGCUGGAUAUUUUAACCGAAAAGUCCGACAACGAACUGGGUGACAGAGAAAACGACAACGAAGAUAACGAGGAGAUUGAUGAAACAGAAGACAUUGAAGAACCGGAGGAUGAUGAUAUUCACUGUUAUGAUAAUGAUGAAACUAGACGAGCGUAUGGAUCAAGAUUUAAGAAAACUGAGGAGCCUAUUAUGGAAAAGAAUAGUAAAAAUGCAAAUGUCACGAAAUCCACCAUCAGUACCAGCAACACUAAAAUUGCAUCAGCAACGUUAGAAGAGACGAAAAAAACGCGCAUCAGUAGAGUAGUGAUUCAAGAUCACUGUGAAGCGAUUGAAAUUCCGAAUGAUCGCACUUCCGCUCACACAACAUACGCCAAACGAUUAUCGGAGGCCGUGGUAUCCAGCAGCCCUAUACCGAUAUCCGAUGAAAAGUCACUCUUUCUAUUGAAGCCUACCAACAGAUUUCGACAGUUUUGCCACUGGUUAUGUAAUCAUACCGUAUUUGGUAACAUAAUUCUGUUGUGCAUUAUGCUUUCGUCCGUAAUGCUUGCUGCCGAGGAUCCACUGAAUGCCAAUUCGGAGCGAAAUCAAAUUUUAAAUCAGUUCGAUUUUUUCUUCACCGCUGUAUUUGCCAUCGAGCUUAUUCUGAAGGUUAUUGCAUACGGAUUCAUACUGCACAAAGGAGCUUUUUGUCGUUCGGCCUUCAAUUUGCUCGAUCUGUUAGUAGUCAGCGUUUCAUUGGUGUCAAUGCUGUUUAGCUCAGGCACGAUAUCCGUCGUAAAGAUUCUUCGGGUCUUGCGAGUGUUAAGGCCUCUAAGGGCUAUCAAUAGGGCUAAAGGAUUGAAGCAUGUUGUUCAAUGUGUGAUAGUGGCAGUAAAAACCAUCGGAAAUAUUGUGCUGGUCACAUUUCUGCUGCAGUUUAUGUUUGCGGUAAUCGGGGUACAGCUUUUCAAGGGAAAAUUUUUUUCGUGUUCUGAUCGUUCAAAAUACGAAGAAGCAGAAUGUCACGGAACAUACUUAGUUUUUGAGGAUGGAAAUGUCGAUAAGCCAGUGUCGAAAGAAAGAGAAUGGUCUAACAAUCGAUUUCAUUUCGAUGAUGUGCAAAAAGCUAUGCUUACCCUGUUCACCGUAUCCACCUUUGAGGGAUGGCCUUCACUUCUUUAUGUAUCGAUUGACUCACAUACGGAAAACUUCGGACCUAUAUACAAUUAUCGGCCACUCGUUGCGACCUACUACAUCAUAUACAUAAUUGUGAUUGCCUUUUUUAUGGUAAACAUUUUCGUCGGUUUUGUUAUAGUGACAUUUCAAAAUGAAGGCGAACAAGAGUACAAAAACUGUGAUCUAGAUAAAAACCAACGCAAUUGCAUUGAGUUUGCGCUUAAAGCGAAACCAGUUCGGCGAUACAUCCCGAACGAUGAUCGGAUACAGUAUAAAGUAUGGUGGUUCGUUACGUCGCAGCUGUUUGAGUACACCAUCUUUAUACUAAUUAUGAUGAAUACUAUUACACUUUCGAUGAAAUUUUACCGACAACCCCAACCCUACACCGAAUGGCUGGACUUUUUAAACCUGCUCUUCACUGCAGUAUUUGCCUUAGAGUUUGUGUUCAAGCUUGCCGCAUUCAGAUUUCAGAACUAUUUCGGAGACGCUUGGAAUGUGUUUGAUUUUAUCAUCGUUUUGGGCAGUUUCAUUGAUAUUGUGUAUUCCGAAGUAACUACCAGCAGUGGAACGAAGGGCGCAUCAACUAUAAUAUCAAUAAAUUUCUUCCGGCUAUUCCGUGUUAUGCGACUUAUAAAACUGUUGGCACGUGGUGAAGGUAUACGCACACUUCUGUGGACGUUCAUUAAGUCAUUUCAAGCACUACCGUACGUGGCAUUGCUAAUAGUGAUGCUGUUCUUCAUUUAUGCUGUUAUAGGAAUGCAAGUUUUUGGCCGUAUUGCAUUGGAUGAUGAAACUGCAAUACAUAGGAAUAAUAAUUUCCAAACAUUUCCCCAGGCUAUUUUGGUUUUGUUUAGAUCCGCUACUGGUGAAGCAUGGCAAGAUAUUAUGCUAGAUUGCUCUGCGCGCGAAGAGGUACGCUGUGAUGAAAAUUCUGAGGACAAGGAAUCUAAAGAAGGAUGUGGGUCCAAUUUUGCCUUUCCAUACUUCAUCUCAUUCUACGUGCUAUGUUCGUUCCUCAUCAUAAAUCUAUUUGUGGCGGUCAUCAUGGAUAACUUUGACUAUCUUACGCGAGACUGGUCCAUACUGGGACCACACCAUCUAGAUGAGUUUGUGCGGCUAUGGAGCGAAUACGAUCCUGAUGCGAAGGGUCGUAUCAAACAUCUCGACGUGGUAACACUGUUGCGCAAAAUAUCACCACCGCUCGGGUUCGGUAAGCUAUGCCCGCACCGAGUCGCCUGUAAACGGCUUGUAUCGAUGAAUAUGCCACUAAACAGCGACGGUACGGUGCUGUUUAAUGCGACAUUGUUCGCAGUGGUGCGCACCUCACUGAAAAUCAAAACCGAGGGCAAUAUCGACGAGGCAAAUCUUGAGCUGAGACACAUAAUCAAACAGAUUUGGAAGCGAACUAGCAAUAAACUGCUUGAUCAAGUAGUCCCACCUCCAGGCAUAGAGGAUGAAGUGACCGUGGGCAAAUUCUACGCUACCUAUCUAAUACAGGACUACUUUAGAAGGUUCAAAAAGCGAAAAACCUAUGACCGUAACACUGAACCGGCUUCACACAUGGCGCUAUUGGCUGGGUUGCGAAUACUUCACAGAAGUGGACCGAAAAUAAGACGAAAAAUUUCAGGAACGCUGCACGAGAGCGCCUCAUCAAUAAAUCCAGAACCGGCGCAUCGGCGAAAUCAUAAACUUUUCGGGAUCACCUGGCCUACAUCGUACACAUUUAAGAAGCGUUAUUUUACGAAUGAUACAACUAUAAGUUCUACGCAAACACAACGUCCUCCGGCGCGACCUCCCCGAACUUAUGUUACUCUGAACAAAGGUUUACGGGAUGUUAACAAAACGCUAAUGUACGGCUUUAGAAUGAUGCACGACCAUGAUCAGCUCAAUGAAACAUUCACCAGUGGCAAUGAAAACGAAGCAAGUGAUGCCGAAGGUCCAUUGAAGCCAUUGUGCUUUGGAGAGAUAUAUUCAAAGCAAACUAGUCGAGUUGUGAACGCAGAAGAAAACGAUACAUAA